GGAGGCCCAGGUGUCCCAGAAGGGUUGGGAAACAGGUGUGCAGGGGUGGGUGAGGGGGCUUGGUAGCCGAAGCCCUUAUAACAUAUACGCUGGGGUCCCGGGAUAUGCUCAGCAGAGUGUGUGCCUGCCUUUGCUGUAUCUCAGCUCCUGGCCUGGCCCAACACUCAGUGUGGGGAGUUUCUUGGCUGGCUCAGGAGCAAGGGAUGGAAUUAUAACCAGGACCCAGCUGACCCACACUCCUCUGGCUCACAGGGCCUCCCUCCCUGGGGAAGCAGCUUGGAGUGGUCCAGGCAGAGCCGGGCAGCUGUGGUUUCAAAGAAAGGGCUGUGGCCAGGUCACUCCACAGCCGACUCUGACAACUGAUGGAGACCUUCACUUGGUACCUGGGCCAAACCCAGGCUGAGCCCCCAAACACUCGCACCUCACCCCGACUCUGUACUCCCCACCUGAGCACCCAUUUUGCUGCCACCAAGAGUGAGAAUUCCCUCCUGGCCUGGAGGCCUGACUCCGGCUGAUGGGUUUUCCUUUGGGAAUCAGGAGUCCUGUGCUGGCUUGUGGACAGGGACAAGCCCAAAUGGUGGCAGGCUCAGCUCACUUGCAACGGAGAGCUUCAGGUGUGUGGAUCCUGUUGGACAUGCCCCACAUCAAGGUAGGAAGGCUCACGGUGCCCCUCCUGUGUGGCUCAGGGAGCGAUGCAGGCUCUCGUGGAGCUGGGGGGUUUGUGGGGUGGUAGGGGCCACCAGGGGCUCCAGAGUGGAGUUAGUUCUCUGCAUGUCUCCCUGGGCACAGGGACCUUGCCUGAUGUCUUAAUUAUGUGCUUUCUGCAACAGAGCUGCCAACACCACACACUCUCUCAGCGCCGCCCCACCGCCCCAUGCCUCCCUGGGCCGGGCUGGCUGUUUCCCAGAGGCUGCAGGGGCUCACCCCCCAGAUGACUGCAAACAACGGCACCGCCGUGGAGGAGUUUGUCCUGCAGAGCUUCUCGGAGGAGCCUGGGCCACGCAUUCUCUUCCUGGCCGUGUUCCUCCUCCUUUACCUGGGGGCUCUUGCAGGGAACGCCCUCAUUGUCACCGCCAUCAGCUUGCACCCAGGCCUCCAUACCCCAAUGUACUUCUUUCUCACCAACCUGGCCAUUUUAGACAUCGUCUGCACCUCUACGGUUGUCCCCAAAUUGCUGGAGAACCUGGCACUCAAGGGUGGCACCAUCACCUACCAGGGCUGCAUGACCCAACUCUUCUUCCUGACCUGGUGUUUAGCGGCUGAGCUCCUGCUGCUGACGGUCAUGGCCUAUGACCGCUACGUGGCCAUCUGCCGCCCGCUGCACUACAGCAGGCUGAUGGGCCGGCCGGUCUGUGCUCUGCUGGCAGGCAGCGUGUGGGCAAUCACUGUGCUCAACACUUCUGUGCACACAGGGCUAAUGACAAGGCUGAUGUUCUGCGGCCACAAUCAGAUCCAGCAUUUUCUCUGUGAAAUCCCCACGCUGCUGCUGCUCUCCUGCAGCCCGACCACCCUGAACAACGUCAUGAUGGUCCUGGCGGACGUGUACUUUGGAGUGGUCAACUUUCUGCUCACCCUGGCGUCCUACGCCUACAUCAUCGCCAGCAUCGUGCGCAUGCGCUCCGCCACGGGCAGGCAGCGGGCCUUCUCUACUUGCUCCUCCCACCUCUUGGUGGUCACCUUGUACUACUCCACGGUCAUCUACACCUACAUCCUCCCGGGCUCUGGCUCCUCCCUGGAAAACGGCAAAGUGGUUGCCGUGCUGUACACGGCAGUCAGCCCCACCCUGAACCCCCUCAUCUACUCGCUGCGGAACAAGGAUGUCAAAGUGGCCCUCGGGAAGGUGUUUUCCUGCAUCCGUGGCCGGCAUGGACCUUGCAGGCUCACGGGCUGAUUUGAUAGUAAGACGCGGAGAGUCUGAAGUGAGAAUCAAAGAGCAAGAAGGAAGUUAAUGUGAUACACUUAGGUGAUAUGCGCUGUCCGGCAGGAACUGCCGGUUUUCCAGGUGGCUCUGAACUAAGCCUUCCAAGGCCCUAAGGGUGGAUGCUGUCAGGGCUGCAGGAGGAAGGAGACGGGGGAGACCCAGCAGGGGCAGGAGGAAGAGCAGGACGCUGGGCCGGGUGGACCCCCUCCAGCACCUUGCAGCCUGGUUUUCUCAGCACCUGGCACCUGGAACCUUGCCUGAGGGGUGCUGCUGGCCCCUUCCCAUUCCAGAGCUGGGCUCCAGCGGUGAGGGAGUGCCGAGUCUGGCUGGCCCAGUGUGCACACUGCCUGGCACAUUCUGGCAUGGGCAGGUCCCUGUAUCCUGCUCUGGGCACAUCACCCAGAGCCUGAUUCUCCAACCAGACUCCUGUUGGUGGGGGGUCCUGGUUCUGGCACCACAGAGACUGUGACACGUGGUGGCAUCCAGCCUUCCACCUAAGGACCUGCAGCAAGAGGGGCGCUUCUACUUACUUUUCUCCUUUCAGAAAAGGGCACAUUCAUCCUUUUACCAGGAGACAGUGCCAGGGCAGGAAAGGGUUGUUUUUGCUUCUUCACACAGAGCACUGCGGCUUAUUAUGUUAGGGGCCCCUUUCCUCCUCAGUCUCCUCGUUGUUAUUUGUCCCACCCUCUGUGCUGGCCCCUGAGAUUUGGUGUGCUUCAUGGCUUCAUGUGAGCCCCUCCUUUUCUUUAAGCCCAUAGUAAAAGCUGCAUUUCUUCUUAGUAUUUGCCAGUGGUCUCCAAAUAUAGAGCUACAGUCAGAGCCUCACCUCUGAAACAAAAAGCAUUGCUGUAACUGCGUAGCUGACCCUUAGCCGACAGAGACAUCCCUCACACACCUGGAGGCCCAUUGGGACCUCACUCCACAGGCAUAUGCCACAUAUUCAUCCCUCAACCCCAUCCAGGCGGAAGAGCCACAGCUGUGUUUAAGAGUGUAUUUAUUCAUUCUUUCAGCUUUAUUGCGUUAUAAUUGACACAUAGGUCUCUGUAAGUGUGUGUGCAGCAUCAUGGGUUGACUUACGCCUAUUGUGAAAUAAUUACCACAGUGAGUUUAGUUAAUAUCUAGCAUUUCAUAAAGAUACAGGAAAAAAUGAAUAAAAAAAGAAGAAAAUGUUUUUUGUCCUUGUGAUCAGAAGUUUUAAGAUCUGGAGUUCCGUCUCUGGUGCAGUGGGUUAAAAGUCAGAUUGCAGUCGCUCAGGUCACUGUGGACAUUCAGGUUCAAUCCCUGGCCCAGGAACUUCCAUAUUCUAUGGGUGUGGUCUUUAAAAAAAGAGCUUUUAAGUGCUUUUCUCCUCAACCUUUAAACACACACUGUUAAGUACAGUCACCAUGUUGUAUGUUACGUCCCCACUACUUGUUCACCUUAUGACUGGAAUUUGCAACUCUUUGUCUCCUUCAUUCCCUUCUUUCAACCCAAUUCCUGCCUCUGGUGACUUCAAACCUGAUCUCUUUUUUCUAUGUAUUUUCUUUUUGUUUGUUUUUUUAUUUAUUUAGGAAUUAGGAGUUCUUCAUUCGCCCACAUAGCAGUGCCAGGGCAAACCCUGCCUGACCACAGGGAAUGUGCCUCCAACACA